CAGUAACCAGGGGAGUAUACCAAAUCCCUAGCGGACUGGCUGCUGUUGUGAAGAUGGGCACUUGCCGCUCGGCGAUGCAUCUCGCGGCUUUGAUGCUAACAGUCUUCCAUCUUCCAUUGAGAAUAGUUCACUUGGCAGCAGCAAUGAGCGAUCCCUACACCUCACCGCAGUUUACGGCAGUGCCGAGCGAUCUCAUAGUCGCUGGUGGGCAAACUGCGACACUCCAGUGCGGAGUUAGCGGAGAGCCACCCCCCUCCGUGGCUUGGUUCAGAGAGGGCGGAGGAGAGGUGACCAGCGGCGGUAGAUACACCGUCAGUUCCACCAGCGGAGAGCUGACGGUGUCUGGAGUUGAGCUGUCGGACGAAGGGAGCUACUACUGCGUCGCCAGCAAUGCGGUGGGGAGUGUCAGGAGCCUUAGUGCCUCUCUUCAGCUGGCUGUGUUCAGCACAGAAGGACUCCCAGCAGUGGGCAAUGAUAUUCUGACACAGAUUGUGUCUAAUAGACAGAGCAUGGUUCUCGAUUGCACUGUACCAACCAGUCUACCUCCAGCCUCCAUAGAAUGGGAAUUGAAUCAAGCCAUUCUGGAUGAACCGGAUUUUGACUCCGGUCGAAUGGGGAUAACCCUGAGUGGAAAACUCGUUAUUAGUUCUGUCGACCUCACCACUGAUAAUGGACGGUUUUAUUGCUAUGCAUCUAAUGAUGUAAUCAGUGAUUCCCGCAGGUACACAACUGGCCACCUCCUAAUCUCUGGUGGAGCUACGCAUCCCCUAUCAUUACCGACCGAAUUUGUGACCACACCCACUUCCCAGAGUGUUGUCACUGGAGACUCCGCCCACUUUGAUUGCUUCACAACUGGAACACCAGUGGCGGCGAUCAGCUGGAGAAAGGACGGGUCUCCUCUCACCUCCUCGGACCACAUCUCAUUCUCCCAGGCCGCCAGAAACCUUACUAUCAGUUCAGUGGGCUCGGAGGACGCGGGCUCCUACCUCUGUGUGGCUACAGUCCCUAGUACUGGUGCCUCUAUAGAGUCCCCUGCUGCCAGCCUCUCUGUCAUUGUUCCACCUACAAUGCAGUCUUCCUUCUCAUCGCUGGCUGCCAAUAUCACAGAAGAGGUCAUUCUCUCCUGUGAGGUCGUUGCCAGCGACGACGGCUCCAAUAUACAGUGGGUGUGGAGGGUCAAUGGUUCAGAGGUCGUGACCUCUGGAAAUGUUCUCUACGAUAGAACUGGACUGAUAUCUACACUCAAGAUCCUGUCUGUGAUGGAGGAUAAUCGAGGAGUGUAUCAGUGCGUGGCAUCCCUGGUGGUUGCCGGGGGAGACCAGAGGCAAGCAGCUGCCAACGGACGUCUCUCAGUCAUACUGACUCCACCCACUAUUACAACGGAGCCGACAUCUGACCUCCUGGUAUUUGUGGGCGUGGCAGUCUCUCUCCCCUGCACGGCAUCCGGGUUCCCUCCUCCAGCCUUCACCUGGGCCAGAGGAGAUGGAACUCCCGUUGAGCUCCAAAACAGUCGUAUCAGUCUACCAGCAGAAGGCUCUGGGGACGGAACACUGACAAUCUCUGGUGCAGCAGUAGCUGACUCCUCUCCCUACCAAUGCACAGCCACCAACAGCGCUGGCUUCGAUACCUCCUCCACAGUACAGCUCCGGGUACUUGUUGGGUCUACUGUAAGGAACAGACCAGGGGACCUGGCAGCAGCCUCACAUGACGGAGUCCUCACAGCAGACCACGGUGCACGGCUGUCCGUACCGUGCAAUGUGACCAGACCUGAGGACGCUACCACAGUGGUCUACCAGUGGUACCGUGAUGGCACCACGGUGGGGACCGUACGCCCCGACAUGUACGGUGCAGGGUCACUGGUACUGGAGAGUGUGGACGUGGGAGAUCGCGGACGCUACACUUGUGUCGUUGAAAUAUCGGCCACAGGGGUCGGAGGUCAACCUCUAGAGGAAGAAAUCGGAUCUGUCAUCAUCGGAGUCGGAGAACCACCAACUGAUCCUUUUGCUCCAACCGCUCUUUUAAUCGCCAUGGUUACAACUAACAUCCUAACACUCAGCUGGACUCCGCCUACUUUCAGUGGGAACCUCCCACUCACCGGCUACCUUGUCGAAGUUAUGUUGCUAGGCAACUCGCUGUGUCCCCAGGUGGAACCGGAAUGGAAAGUUCACCAGGAGGUGGACGAUGGUGAAGCUGUGGGGGUGAUGGUGCUGGGCCUGGUUCCAUUCCAGGAGUACAUGGUACGGAUCAGAGCCAGGAACUCGGCCAACCAGAGCCAACCGACCACAGUCCCUGGAUCUGAGUGGACCCUCCCAGAUUCUCCCUCUGCUCCUCCAUCUAAUGUUGAGGUAACCCCUGGUAAUCAACUCCUCACAGUCACCUGGGAGCACCCCAGUGAUUGUCUGACUUACGGAGGACCCCUCACUGAUUACACCGUCUCCUACCGAAUAUCCUCAGAGUCGACGUUUGUGGAGAGGAGAGUGGGCUCUAAUAAGACCACUCUAACACUGGCAUCGCUGAGAUCUCAGACAACUUACGUCGUUUUAGUCUCCGCCCACACGGCAGAGGGGGCGGGGCCAACAUCUGACCCAGCCGAGACUACCACAUACGGAUGCUCCACCCCAGCCCAACCCACUGGGUUGACAGCCCAACCAGUCAACUCCACUGCGGCGCUCGUUAAUUGGACCACACCCACUGACCCCGACGACCUCUACAUCGUUACCUGGUGUCAUGGCGACCGGGAGACGAGAAACAAAGUCCUGAUGGGAAGGGAGAGCUACACAUAUGUCGUUGAUCUUGAAGAGGUCGGGGAAUGUGUGGUCACGGUUCAGGCCAACAAUCAAUGUGGCACGGGCAAACCGGCCAAUAUCACCGUUUCACCAUUUCUAAUAGGUUCGCUCUCUCCAGUCAGCUCUCAGCCGGUGUGGGAGACAACGUGGUUCAUUGUGGUGGUUGCCGUGGUAGCCACACUGCUGGUCUUCGGAACUCCAACUGUCAUCAUUUUCAUCAUUUCUGUCUCUCUCACCAGACGUCGCAAGGGAAAGACUUAUAUCCCCAGUCGGCGCAGUGCAUCAAGUCUGAGUGGAGCGUCAACAGCUUUCACAGAAUAUCAUCAGAAAAAUGGAGGAAUGUGGGUCAAACCAGUUAACCCAACCCCAAACCUUAACAUCAGCUCUCUUGUCUCCCCCCCAGAGCCAGAGCGUCAGGGAUCACAGUCCACUCGGAACCUCCUCCGCAGCGCCGCUGCACUGACUAUGCUGACCUCUCCUCCUACAAUUCACACAUGUCCAGCGGUCCUCCCAGCAUCAGCAGCUACCAGAGACAAUCAACGACCGAAACAAACGGGGGUCCCCCCUCACUUCACCACGGGAGGGAAACCAUCUCUGGAGACCGUGCACCGAGCCCCCCACUGGAGAAUUUCCCCCCGGGGGUCCCGGAGAAAAAGAAAUCAAAACGACAUCGUCUUCGUCAUUAUCAUCAAGAACAAAGGGUCUCGAGUCCUGACGAGUCUGCCGAUUCCUGGAGUGCUUCUGAGUACCCUGGUCAUGUGACUAAUCACAUGGCCGAUGGUGGAAGCAAUCGUGAUUGGUCGGGGAGACCGACCAAUCAGCUUUCUCCGCUCCACGAGCACCAGGUAAUGGACUUGUCGCACGACCAACGCCCUCAACUGGAGGGGAAAUCCCGACGUUACCAUGGGCAACCACCACACCCGAGGAGCUCAACACAGCAGUCAACCUUUGUUGAACCACAGUCACUCUCCCUCCCCUCCCCCUCUCCCCACCUCCCUUCCACCUCCUCUCUCCCUUCCCCCUGCUCACGCAUGUAGCCUGGACCACAUCUUGGAUCACCCACAGAACCAACAUAUACCAGACCAUCUACUCCCAGUGUCCCAUUCCCAUUCUCAGUUCCAAAACCCCAGAACUGGACUCCAAAACGGACUGUCUCAACCAGUCCUUCCUACAGCUACAGCGGCAGUACACGACCACCUUCGCCCGAGUACGCAGAACUCAAAACAAGUGUCCAGAAGUCACAGAGAGCGUUCAGCUCAGCAACAACAGAAAAUGCUGGCAGUGCCUUCAAAAUCGAGAUCGAAGCAGGGGUCAAAGGGCAAGCCGAUGUCUUCGGCGCCAAAUCUCUCCUCUUCGCAGACUUCUGUUGAGCUCAAACCAGUGGUACCACCAAAGGUGCCAAAAUGGAGAGGAUUUGGAGAAUCAACAAGCGAACAACACACCAGCACUACCCACCCGCUUCAGUCUCAACCCCAGGCAACAUUGAACACCCAACAACCUCAGUCUGGAACAUCUCUCCCACCUCAUGCACAGCAGGGCCACCCUACUCAAUCCCAGGCACCUAACUACCCCCCACUCAGGGUGUGUCCUACCCUCCUCAGACGCAGGGGGUGCCUGGUUACCCUCUUCAACCCCAUGCUCAGGGUGUGUCCUACCCUCCUCAGACGCAGGGGGUGCCUGGCUACCCUCUUCAACCCCAUGCUCAGGGUGUGUCCUACCCUCCUCAGAUGCAGGAGGUCCCUGGCUACCCUGUAUCACAGAUUCUUGCAAGCCACCAUCACCCUCCAGGUGUCAACCCCAGACCAGGGAACGAUCUGAGAGGACUACUGACCCAGUGGAAGACGGACCAAGAGAGGCAGGAUCGAUGGAAGGGAGAAACUGCAUUCCAACUGAACGGCUACCCAAACACAGUGGGAUUGCUAGACGUACCAGAAGGUCUUCCUAACGGAUGCAGUACGGCUCCCAGCAGUGCCCCUAGUUCAAGACCCAGCAUCAGCUCCUCGCAAAACGAUCGCUGGACAGGUCCCCAACCCAUUCAACUCACCCCUCACCAAAUCCAAAAUUCAGAGACCCCCAUUGUUAAAAACGCUCCCCCCGUGUUUGGCAAACCCCCGAGUCGAACUCGCAGAAACCACCAUGACUUGGAGGACAUUUACCAGCGAGACCCUCGGAAACCUCGCAGGAGAAAGGGGCGUGUCCCCGGGGCAGUGUGGAAACAGAUGCCGAUGAACAGUCGGAUCGAGAGUUCGUCCAGUGAAUCAGAUGAUAGUGACGAUGCAGCCAGCUUGACUUCCGAAUAUGUCUAACAUAUGUAUAUACACCUCAAUACGCAUAUACAGUGCAUUCCAGUGUAUUUGACUUUUUGCGAAUGACAUCAUUACCCUGGCUAGGUGUUAGAGUCGUGGGGACUGACACCAUAGGUGCCCGGUUCGAAUCCUCGAUCCCGCACUAA